AUGGAUGAUCAGAGGUAUCUCUACGUUUCUGACGAAGGAAAGCAUGAAGUAAGACGAUGUCAAUUGGGUGAGAAGAAUGGCAUUCUCGUAGCUGGUGGUAAUGGUAAAGGUGAUGUACUCAAUCAACUCAACGGACUGGCAUAUCUCUUUGUCGAUCGACAACAGAAUGUCUACGUAUCAGACUACAGGAAUCAUCGUGCAAUGAAAUGGAAUAAAGGCGCACAAGAAGGUAUUGUGGUCGCUGGAGGACAAGGUGAAAGGAGUGCUCUGACACAAUUGUCUUAUCCUGAAGGAAUCUUCGUUGAUACGUUGGGUACACUCUAUGUAGCAGACGAGGGGAAUCAUCGUGUAAUGCGUUGGACUCAAGGAGACAAGAAACGAGGCACUGUAAUUGUGGGUGGAAAUGGUCUAGGAACAGGAGCAAAUCAGUUCAACGUUCCCGUUGGUUUGUCUUUCGAUCGACAUGGUAAUCUCUAUGUCGCCGAUAUGGGUAAUAAUCGUGUUCAACGAUUUUCUAUCGAAUAA